CAGCUGGCACCGGAUACAGUGAUGCGGGUUUUCUAAACGAAAACCUGAUUUUCACUCAACCACCAGGUUUAAACCCUGAAUAUAUAUCAGCUGAUUGAUUGAUUCAACUACAAGUUUACUAGAUUUAUUAGAGGCAAAUGGAAUCGAUUAAUUGAUCUACAUGUGGAUAAGAUCGAUAGGUUGAUCUUGUGGUGAUUAGAUUGAAUUGUUGAUACACAGGUGGAUAGGCCGAUCAAUGGAUUGAUCUAAUGGUGAAUAGGAUUGAUUAAUUGAUCUUCAGUCAGAUCAAUUGAUAAAGAGUGAACCUAAUAAACUAUGAUGAACUGAUCUCCUGGUAAAUCAAUAAGAGCAUUGAUCGAUUCAUUGAUCUGUUGAUCGUUGAUCUUCUGUAGAAGAAGAGUAAGAAGGAGAAGGAGAGGAUGGAGUCCCAGGACUAUGAGCACUACAGGAAUCUUACCCUUAUGUUCUUCCUGGAGAAGCUCGUGGAUAAAGGAGGUCCCCGAACUCUGCAUGAUCUGUCCUGUCAGUUUGGUACUCGAGGGUUCAGCAAGGAGAUGAGACAGAUUGCUGGAGGAUCCCAGUCUGGACUUAGGAAGUUUUUACAACAGUAUCCGUCCCUGUUCUCAGUAGACGGGGAUUGGGUUACAGUUACUCCAACACAGAAGGUUGGAGGUUCAGACGGUGACUCUAUAGGAGAACGAGAUUAUGUUGUAGAAGCUGUUGAGUACUUUAAACAUAAACUAAAGCAGUAUGGAGCUGGGACGGAAGUACCCAUCAAGAGUUUGUUGGGACACAGAUCACAAGCGCCUCCUGAGGUUCGUCAUAUAUCAGGGCAGCAUGUCAAGGAGUUCACGGAUUUUCUCGCCAAGUACCCGGAGGAGUUCGUCGUUAACGAGGAGAUUGUCUACCUCAAGGAGUAUGAGGGGAAGAUUACGAACACGUUCAAGGAAAUCGAAGAAGUUCGAAUCGAUCCUGUGAUCACAAAUCAAUUCAUUCAGUUUUUCCGCGAGAAAAUCGAUUCCUCCGGAGAAUUGAACGUUGACCAACUGUUCAAUAUUGCGGUCAGACAAUUCGGCGAGGAAGCUUGUGGAAACCUGUUCAAGACUGGACAGGAUCUUUCAACCUUUCUCCGGAUAUACUCCCACAUUUUCCAUGUUCAGAACCAUAUUGUUACUUUGGUUCCACAGAAAACAUUUUCUUUAUCUCAUUCAAACAAGGCUCCUUCUAUCCAAAAUGGGUUUGGAGAAAACAGGAACGGAGAUAUUAUCAAGAACGGAGACAGGAACGGAGAUAUUAGUCCUCGAAACUCUUGUCCCAGCACUGGUUCCUCCUCCCCCGUCCCCCGGGAUUCACCGCGGGAGAAUCAGAUCUCUUUGAACCAGCAAACCUUGAAGCAGAGGGUUAAUAUGGUUGUCCUGAGAAUGCUGGCUCAGAACUCGGACCAGGAUCAACGCUCCGGGGGUUUAGGAGUUCAGGAACCUAGAAACAACCCCUCGGAUCAAAGAUCUGUGCUCCAUGAACAACGAUCAAUGCAGCAGGAGCCUAGACCUCCGGUAACAACGGAGUCAAGAGAAUCCUUGAAGUUCCGAACCCUGCAGGUCUCAAGAGUAGUUGUAAACGUAAAGGAGAGUUCUCAGAUCGUGGAAGAAAUGCUCCGAGUGGGAGAACCAGUAGGGUUGGACGGAGAGGGAGUAAAUCUUGGUCCUAAAGGAAAACUGACCCUGGUUCAGAUAAGUACUAUGUCGGGUCAGGUUACUCUAUUCGAUGUACUCACCAACCCUGCUCUCAUGACGCAGGGGGGACUUGGCAAACUUAUUCAAUCAGAGUUAAUCGUUAAGGUUGUACACGACUGUAGAAAUGAUUCUGCUGCCUUGUACCAUCAACAUGACGUCACUAUUAGGAACGUAUUUGAUACACAGGCCGCACAUGCAGUACUAGAGCUCCAGCAGACGGGUAAGCCCGUGUACAAGGUGAAGAACGUCUCCUUAAACGCUUUGUGUGAGCAGUACAACGCCCCACUUAACCCCAUGAAGGAUCAGGUAAAAAAUAUAUAUCGACGAGAUCAGAAAUUCUGGGCCCGGCGACCGCUAACACGAGAUAUGAUAUGUUACGCGGCAGCUGACGUUCUUGCACUGGUUCCAACCAUUUAUACAGCCAUGUCGAGGUAUAUUAUUAUUAUUAUUAUUAGCGGGAUAAAACCUGAGUUUAUGAACCUGUUCCUCUCCCUGUGUGAGGAGCAGAGUCUCAUGUACAUCCAGUCCGAGGAGGUGAAGGAGAGGAAGAGGCAGAGGAAGGUUGAGACGGAGGUAGCAGAUCUCCGGCUGAAACUAGCAACCACGCAGAGCAAAAAUAUUGUUCUAUCAAACCGAGAGAUUCGGUUACUCAGGUAUGUCGAGCUUACAGAGGAGGAUAAGGAGAAGUUAAAAGGAUCCUACAAGGUGGCAAAAAAGCUUGAAAAGCUAGAAAGCAAGGAUUCCCGAGGUUUUGAUUCAGAUGAUGAGGAUGAUGAUUAUGAUUGUGAUCCUGGAGAUUAUCCAAGUAUGGAAAGUGAGAUGAGUGUUCCAUCUCCAGAGUCAAGUUUAUCUCCUAGACCUUCCUCCUUAGCGGAGUCUAUGCAGAUGGUUGAUGAUAUUCUAUCAGAUAACAGUAUAGAACGCCUGGAUAGAAUAGACAGAAUAGAUAGUAUCCUAGCCGCAGCACACGCCUUAAACUCUUUCACACCUUCCCCUAAACUGGAGGGAACAAAGGUCGAUGCAGAAACUCAGACGAUGUCAACUGGAGAUAUUGUUAUCACAAAGGUGUAUUUCCCUGAAGGUCAAGGACUCAGUUCACAGGAGAACACACCACAAAACUCCCCAAAGAAGAAAAUAGAUAUAAGCUAAAAUCAAACCAAAAGAUUAUUCGUCUUCCACGUGUUUGGAAAUAUUUUCAAAAUGGCGCUGCCCUCGAGAUUAUGUAAAGAAAGCGCUAACCGUAAAAUUUUGCAAAUAUGGCGCUAUAUACCAACUAGAUGUCGCGUUGCAACUCGUGAUUUAGACUUUUAUAAAUCCCAUUAGAUAAUGGUUACCUUUCCAUAUUCAGUAUUUAGAACUAUGUAAAUAUUUUUUUCUAGAUAAUAUCACAAGUUUACACGACAAUCAAAAUAUUUAUACUAAUCUUAAAAUGAUUUUUAAUUGAGAUUUUUCUUGACCCGCCGUAAACUUUAGAAAACUUGUUUAAAAGAUUGGAAUCAUAAUUUUUAGAGAGAAAAAAGUUGUUUUAAUUUAUUUAAAUAACAAAUCUCAAAGCUGAAAUUUCUUAGAUGCCAUAAAAAGAAAAAUUUGAUGUUCACUGUACAAAUUUGAAUUUAUAGCUUGUACAUAGAAUACAUUCAGUUCUAACUAUUCUACCGAUACCAGUUUCAUCAUAUAUAUUAUUCCCAGGUGGCUAUACUGACUAAUAUUUGUUAAUUUACAUGUCAAUCUUAGUUACAAUCCUUAUUAUAUGUAGAUAUUAUUUAUAACAAUUAUAUUUAACAUUAUCUGAAUUUUUUGUAAAUUUAUUUAUUUCAGUACUUAAAGAAACCCCUCCCAGGUGAAAUUACAUAUAGGCAACGAUAAAUGUAAGAAUAAGUAAUGGUUUAAACAAAUAAAGACGACUGAUCAAAAGUUUUAA